AUCGUUGUAUAAUCACCAGCUCUGCCACAUUUCAACUAUCAGCUAUCUUGGCAUCAAUAUCCAGAGCUCCGCUGUAGGUUACCACAUUUCCGAACUGGGGAGUGCGUCCCCACACUCUUCUUGCCCUUCACACCUGCAAAACUUCCUGUCCCUAGCUCCUCCCUUGUUCAGCUCAUCCUUAGUACUAGGUUAUCUCAGACUACGCGACGCGAUUCCCGCUGGUUCUUAGGGCUCGGAACCCGGUUCCCUCAUCCAGUUUGCCUGGAUCUUGGCACCCCUUUCACCCGUGUCUUUGCAAUCAAGCCAUGAGAACAGGCUCCGAAAGUGUCGAAGCAGACCAGUCUCCGUCCUCCGUGCAUUCCAGCGUCUUAGCACCCGACGAACAGGCGCUCCGCUUCAGCCCACCCAGCUUCUUAACUAACUCCUCCUCCUCCUCCUCUGCGCUCAACACACCCUUCUCUUCCCCGCCCAUGCCUUCUAAGGACUCCCCGAGUCCUCACACGGUUGUUAAUGUCAUCGGGCCGUCAGCCACUGACCCUUUGAAGCCCUUGUCUCUCGCAAACUACUCUCAAAAUGUUCUUUCCUUUCACCAUAUCGCGUACACUGUUCGCCGCAGCCGCCACGGCCUACUCUCGCGCCGCUCUCGCUCCAGCGCCGAGCCUCACUCCUCCAAGUUCGCGUCUUUACCGACUCCCUCCGCCGCUUCCGGCGCGCGCGUCGAAGCCGCGGGCGACGGAAAGGCGUCGGAGUCGUAUCGCCGCAUUCUCAACGACAUCUCGGGUUUCGCACGCUCCAACGAGGUGACCGCAAUCGUCGGGCCGUCGGGCUCGGGAAAGACGACGCUCCUCGAUGUGCUCGCGCACCGCAUCGCCGCCGCCGCCGCCCCCAGUGGCGCGCAACAGCUCAAGCAGGCGACUCCUAACGCUGCCGCCGCCGCCGCCGCAGGAGGCGGGCGGACCGGGCACAUCGAGCUGGACGGCGUGCCGAUGACGAGUAAUAUGAUGCGGCGCGUGUCGGCGUACGUUAUGCAGGAUGACCUGAUGCACCCGACGCUGACGGCGCGCGAGACGCUGAUGUUCUCGGCCGAGAUGAACCUGCCGAGUCGGCUGUUCUCGCACCGGGAGAAAGCAGCGCGCGUGGAGCGACUGCUGGAAAUUCUGGGGCUGUCGCACGUCGCCAACACCAUCAUCGGCGACGAGAAUAGAAGAGGCGUGUCGGGUGGCGAACGCAAGCGCGUGGCGAUCGGCGCGCACAUCGUGCACGACCCCAAGAUCCUCUUCCUGGACGAGCCGACGUCCGGCCUCGACUCCACAAACGCGUGCCGCGUUGUCAACAUCUUGCACGACAUCGCCGUGCAGUCGCACAGCAUCGUCGUCAUGGUGCUGCACCAGCCGUCGUUCCGCAUCCUCGAGCUCGUCGACCGCAUCCUGCUGCUCUCCGCGGGCAACGCGGUCUUCUUCGGCGCGCCGCGCGGCAUGCCCGCGUUCUUUGCGGAGUUCGGCCAGCCCGUGCCGCAAUUCGCGAAUCCGACGGAGUACGCGCUCGAGCUGCUGGACCGGCUUGGCGCGACGCCGACGGGUUUGGACGAUCUGCACGCGUUCGCGCAGGAGUGGCUGCGCGGGAAGUGCUCCGAUAACAACGGCGGGAAAUCCGCCGCGAAUGGCGGGAAAUCUGCAGCUUCCCUCGCUAUCGCAGGCGCUGCUGACGUUCAAGAAGACGCGAUAGGCGCUGAGUCCAACCCUACCGCUUCUGACGGCGUGGAACGCAUGUGCGAGGGCUCGAUCAACGGGGGCAAGAUGACCAACGGCGACGCUCGCGACAGUAGCGAAACCCGCGAGAGCAGCGGAAGUAACGACAGCUCGUCCGCGUUGCUCCCAGCCGCCACCGCGGACACGGCCACGAGCCGCCUGGUGCAGCAGCGGGCCCCUCCACCGGCAAUCCCGGAGGAAGUCCUGGUGAUCGAGAGCGAUGGCGCCGGCGCCGGCGAUGGCGAUGGCGAUGGGGAUGGGGAUGGGGAUGGGGCAUCGGCGGAUGGGGCUGGUGCGCGCACUGCGGGAGCGGCAAGCGCGGAUCCCGCGCGCGGGUCGUCGUCGGCGUCGACGGUCGUCUCCGCGCCGCCGUCUCGCUGGGCGUCGGUGUUCCACACGAAACAGAGUGGGCAGAGGCAGGAGGAGCUACUAAGAAAGAAGCGGCAGCAGCAGUGCGUGGUAGAGAGCAAUUACAAGGGCACGCGGCGGUACGCGAACAGCUGGCCGCGCGAGCUGUGGAUUUUGCUGCGCCGCGCGGCGCUGAUCAUCAUGCGCAACCCCGCGCUGUACGGGCUGCGCCUGGGGCUGCUCACCGUCGCGGGGCUGCUGGUGUCGUCGCUCUUCUGGCAACCGCCGCACACGCCUAAGGGGCUCUGGGAGCGCCUGGCGUACCUGUCGUUCAUUGUGGCCGUUAUGUUCUUCUGCUCCGCUGAUGCUACCCCCAUCUUCAUUGAGGACCGGCACAUAUUUAUCCGCGAAACCUCGCACAACACGUACCGCACAUCGACGUAUGUGGUGGCGCACGCGCUGGUGUACAUGCCGCUGCAGAUGCUGAUGGCGGUGGUCGUCACGCUUGAGUCUUGGUGGUGCGUGAGGCUGUCGGGCGGUGCGAGCGGCUUCUUCUUCAUGGCGCUGCUAUGCUUCGGCUGCCUCUUCACUGGCAACGCCAUUGCCACCUUCUGCAGCGCCUUCUUCAGCAGUAUUAUCCUGGCGUACGCGAUGGUGAUCAGCACCAUGGCGUAUUGCACCAUCAUCAGCGGGUUCUACAUCCCGCGCACUGCCAUCCCGCCCUUCUGGAUCUGGCUGCACUACCUCUCGCCCAUCAAAUAUGCCUACGAGGCCAUGGUCCUCAACGAGUUCGACCGGGAUGACGCAGCGUGCUACUUCUCGCUCAACCAGAUCGAGUCCGUGGCGGCGAUCCGGUCGUAUGUGAACGUGACCCGUGCAGAGGCGGCCCUGGACGUGUUCCUGCCGGGCAUCCUCAUGCCGGGCGUGCACAUCACGGAGGACAGCUGCCUGCUGUACCGCGAGCGCAUCUACCGUGAUCUGCUGGAUAUCUCGCAGCUCACCAAGUGGCAGUGCCUCGCCGUGCUCUUCAGCAUGGCGCUCGCGGUGCGGUUUGCUUACUUUUGUGUGCUUGUAGGGAUCUACAAGUCCAAGCGCAAGUAGAGAGGGGUAAGGAGGGGAGUAAGUGGCGGGAGUGUGGUAGCAGCGGAGACAGGGGGUGCGGUGUCGGGGGGAGGGAAGGGGAGGGGCGGAGGAGGGGUGGAGAGGAGGAGGGGACGGCGAGGGUUUGUGGAGGAGGCAGUAGGAAGGCCAAUGCUCAGAUAGAGGCAUGCAAGAGUGGAGGGUAGGAAGGGCAGUGGCCUGGGGUUUGUAGAGUGGGGUUGCACUGAAGCAGGUUAAUGCAGGUGGAAGCAGCAAAUUGAAGCAGAUAGAAGCCAUUCGUAGCAGAGCAAAGCGGAUUGAAGCCGAUUGAAGCAGACUAUAUCAAGGGACCUGGGACCCAUUUAACCCCUUCCUCACUCAUCCUCCAGUCAUGUCCUCUCCAUCCCCAUCCGCUCCAUUCCAUCUAUCUUCCAUCCCUCUCUUACGGUGCAUCUCCAUCCAUCCUACCAAUCCUAAGAUGCACCAUGUACCAUGCAUGCUCCAUGCUCCAUGCACCAUGUGUCAUGUACCGUAUACCGUGCUCUGUAGCAGUGUGUCUAUGUCCUGGUGGGAGGAUCAAUACGCCUUCCUGUGACGAGAGCAUCGCGCUUAGCUGCGGCGGCUCUUCGCCUCUAGUCUAGAAGGGUUGGGCUUGGCCUCGUGCCUGGCUGGUCAAUAAGUCAAGUCUAGUCGGUCUAUUUAUUGCCUCCUAAGAUUCUUGUCUUGUCUCGUCUCCCCUCCUCUCCACUCCUCGUCUCUUACCAUUGCGCUGCCCCUGUGGGAGGCAAAGCUAGGUGACUCUGGUCUAGCCCUGGUUGACGGUUCCGCGAGGACACAAUGUUUUCUCGGCUACAUUGGGUGCAUUGUUUAACGGGGGAGGGAGGGGGAAAAGGCGGGAGAGAGUGUAGUGUAGCCUGUGUGAUGUGCACUAUGUGCUGUGAGACGGCCAUAGAUUAUGUCCACCUGCAUUUUCUAUGUGCGUAAAAUAUUCAUGCACCCUUCUGUUCAGCCAUCCAUGCUCCAUCCUUGCCUCCAUGCCUCCAUGCCUCCAUGCCUCCACCAUGCAUCGGCUGCUCUCCACAUAGUUCACAUCACCUCCCCCCCUUCCUCCGGCACCUCUUCCCUGCCUCCUCCCAUCGUUAGCUCGUCCCUCUGCUGCUGUCAUGUGAGAUCUUAUUGCAUCACGUUAAAUCUUUCUAUCUACUGCUCAUCCUGCUCUUCUGGUUCACAGCUUAGGUUUUGGGGCUGAUUCAGUCUGUACUGUAGUAUGGUACAUUCCCCACUAAAAUCGUGACAGCUGU